AGGUUUCCUGGCGUUCUUAAGCUAGCUGUGUAGAGGGCACAGAGAGCUGUUGGGAUAUGGCCUAGAUGAGGAAUGUCCUGGUAGAAGUCACCAUCUUAGGCUAGGUUAUGGAGUUGUAGGUUGGGGACGAGGGGUUUGUCCUGAUGAGAGGCAGCGAAACCUUCCACAGCAAAGGUCUGACGAAGGACUAAGACCUCCCAGGCGCCCUCUCAAGGCCCUGUUCACCUCAAGAAUGCACGAGCCUUCCCUUUUACAACCAGAAAGCUUACUGGUCACCUGGAGGCUAAAUAGUCAGCAGAGACAAGCCAUGUUGGAGGAUCUGAGUCAAGGAAAAGGGUCCAACCAUAAGAAGAGGAAGAUGGAGAGCACAGCCCAGAUCACUGAGGAAGACAGCAAGCUUGAUGAGGUUGUGGGGCUGCAGAAGCAGAUCUGUGACCUUGGGACAGAGCUCACAAGACAAUCAUCUUGGUGGUGCGUAGCUCACAAAGACCUCCAAAGCCAGAUCGAUGCUCUGAUAAAGGAGAACCAGGAGAUCCGUGCGGAGCUGAAGACCUUGAAGAAGCAGGAUGCGGAGGCCACCAAAGCCUGUAUAGGCUCGCCCACCUCGGCAAGAGCAAGCAACACUCUGCCAGUGUACAUAAAGAUAGAGGGAAUUGAUUCCGAGAGGACAACCUCAUGGGAUGAAAGAGAUGAGCUUUCUGGAAGUCCUCCAAACAGAAGCACAAUGGCCACCGGAGGAACAGACUCCCAGGAUGAAAGGCUGUCUUUUACAUCUGUGGAUGAAAAGCCAGUGUACAUAAAGAUAGAGGGAAUUGAUUCCGAGAGGACAACCUCAUGGGAUGAAAGAGAUGAGCUUUCUGGAAGUCCUCCAAACAGAAGCACAAUGGCCACCGGAGGAACAGACUCCCAGGAUGAAAGGCUGUCUUUUACAUCUGUGGAUGAAAAGGUUAUACACAUGUCUUCCAAAUUUCUGCAAAGAAGCUUCGGCAGAAUGUCACCAGAACCACUGUCUGACAGCACAUUCCUGGACACAGAGUCACUGGCUGACAUCUGGUCCUCAAAUUCAGAGACUUCGGACGGUGAACUUCUCCUGCAUGCUCAAGCAAGCAGGGUCAUCCCUUGUUUUUCCCCAAAUGCACUGUGGGUGCAGGUGGAGCGGAUGCUCAGCGACGGGCGAACCAUCAUCACCUUCCCAAAUGGAACCAGGAAGGAGAUCAGUGCUGACAAGAAGACCACCCUCAUCAGGUUUUUUAACGGUGACAUGAAGAUCAAGUCCGAUCAGAAAGCGAUUUAUUAUUAUGCGGACGCACAAACAAUGCACACAACCUACCCAGAUGGUGUUGAAGUUGUGCAGUUUCCUAACAAGUGGACUGAAAAAUUCUACCCGGAUGGCUCCAAGGAAACCGUGUUUCCUGAUGGGACAGUGAAACAGCUUAAGGAUGGAUGUGAAGAGACGGUGUUCCCCGAUGGGACAUUUGUGACAGUGAAGAGGAACGGAGACAAAACCAUCAUGUUCAGCAACGGAGAGAAAGAAAUCCACACGGCCAGGUUCAAGCGGAAGGAAUUCCCAGAUGGCACCACCAAGACUGUGUAUUGCAAUGGCUGCCAGGAGACCAAGUAUGCCUCAGGGAGGGUCAGGGUCAAAGAUGAGAAGGGAACUGUCAUCCUGGACUGGAAGUAGUGCAUCCAACAGACUCAAGGCCAGGCAGUAGGCUCCAAUCUCCAAAUAUAGUUUUGACCAAAACAGACAAAGCGACUCACGAUUCCCUUGACAAUCCUGGAGAUCCCCUGCACAUGAGGAGUAAAGAGACAUCCAAAAAUUGUAAAGAAAGAGACCAUGUAGCCACCACCAUCUUGGGAGAGAGGUCAGAGAAGCAGUAGCCAGAAAUGAGGUCCUGGACAUGGCUUCCAUGGCCUUGUCCAGACCAUGCCUUCUGUCGGAGUUUGGCCCUAGAGCAGAGGGUACAAUGGGAGCAACGUGACCACUGCCAGCUAGUUCCUGGGAGCAGCCGUUAACAACAGCUGGCUCCGUGUUUUUGCUUGGCCAACACCUGCCUGCAUCUACUUCUAUCCCCUUUUAGAGUCCUCAUCAAUGGGAUCCAGGGGGAUGUAUCUUCACUGGUGCCUGAUGUAUGAAUAGACUUGAUUUAACCAUCCUGAAGUGUCUAGACAGAACCUCAUGUGGCAUUCUAUCCCAUAAAUUCACACAAUUUUGAUCUGUCAAUCAACAAGGAGAUGAGUAAAAGCACAGAUGAAAACAAAGACAGAAACAUAGUGGGCCACACCUCCUACCUGUUCCUGUGAGUCUGCCCUGCUGCCCCCUCAUUUCCUGGGAGCGCUCUGCCAUGCUGUAGGAGAGAUUCCUCCCUAGCUACUAGGCAGCCACCAAUCUCAAUCUUCCAGUCCCUACACCGAUGAGGAGUUCUGAGAAUGUGGGUGUUUGUUUGUUUGUUUGUUUUGUGUUUUUGUUUUGCUUUUGUUUUCUGUGUCCUCCAUAUUGCUAAAGUGAGUAGAUUCGGGAAGAACUC